UAUACAACACAUUCACCAUACAGCUGAAAAACAGCAACGGUUUUCGGCAUCCGCAUUAAACUCUGAAUACGCGAAAGGUGUGGCAUCCAUUUUUGUUCAUAGUCUUUUCGAUAGAAUUAGAUUUCGGUGUCUCAUCGUAGAUUUGAAGCUUUUACUUUCUACCGAGAGUUUCUUUAGUGUUCGCAGUGAAAAUGAGUGAAUUCAACGUUGGCCUUCCCGAUAACAGAAAUUCUAGCCGCGUCCUGAAGCCGCCUGGUGGAGGGAAUUCGGAUAUUUUUGGGCCAUCGGAGGUUAAAGCUAAUCCUCCGCGUCCCAAGUAUAAUCAGCAAAAUUCUUCAAACAUGAACAACAUUAUGGGAACUGCUGAUCCUGGUAUUCAAGCUGAACAAGCGAAAAAUGAUCCACCACCCGCUAGGUCAGAAACAGGAGCCGCUGCCUCCCAGAUAGGAGGCGCACAAAACGCCCAGCAAUCUCAGCCGGAAGCUCAAACGAACGGACGUGCGCGUGUUCCUCCUGGAGGAUUUUCUUCAGGACUUUGGUGAACAAGUGCGAUUCUUCCGGAAAAUGGAAUCAACGCAGCUUUAGUACUUAAAACCAAUAUCCAUGACGAUCCAGGGUUUAUCGACCUCUAACCUAAAAUAUUCGCAGUUUUUUCUCUUUAUAUCAUAUUCAAUAACCAAAGAACGAAACAGUUCUAUUGUAUUAGAUUGCUUGCAUGCAAUUACUCAAUCGAUGAAUCUUUAUUUUAUCUGGUUUCCAACUGAUCUCGAGUAUUUAUGAAGAAAAAAAAACACUUGUAUUUAAAAUACAAAAAAAAAGCAUACAUGAAGACUGCCUGUUCUACACAAUGCAUUUAAAAUAUACAAAAAUCAAUACUAGACAACCGCUUUCAUUAUACGUUUUACUCUGUUUGCUCUAGGAAUACAUAUUGUAUGUAUAUACAGAAAUUAUAUGUUAACGAUUAAAAUUCAUAGUAUAGCUUCUA